AUGGAGAAAGCACAUGAAGGCCAUGUGUUGGUGUUGCCUUACCCAAGCCAAGGCCAUAUCAACCCUCUCCUUCAAUUUGCCAAAAGACUCGCCUCCAAAGGACUUAAAGCCACCGUUGCCACCACCCACUACACCCUUUCCUCCAUCUCCACCCCAUACAUCACUGUAGAGCCCAUCUCCGACGGUUUUGAUGAUGGUGGUUUCACUCAAGCUCAAUCCGCAGAAGUCUUUCUAGAGUCCUUCAAGUCCCAUGGCUCACGUACACUCACCCAAGUCAUCAAGAAACACGAAACCACUAAGUAUCCAAUCACUUGCGUUGUGUAUGAUUCCUUCUUUCCUUGGGCUCUUGACGUGGCUAAGGAGAAUGGGAUUCUUGGGGCACCGUUUUUCACCAACUCCGCCACUGUGUCUGCCAUUUUCAGCCGGAUACAUGGCGAGACGUUAAGGUUGCCGGUGAGAUUGGAGGAUUGUCCGGUGGUGCUGCCAGGGAUUCCGCCUUUAUAUUUGGAAGACUUGCCGAGCUUUCUGAAUGCACCUGAAAGUUAUCCGGCCUACUUGAAGAUGAAAUUGAACCAGUUUUCGAAUUUGGAGAAGGCUGAUUGGAUUUUCUGCAACUCUUUCCAAUCAUUGGAACCUGAGGUGAUAAAAGGCAUAGGGGAGCAAUGGUCGGCAAAACUAGUAGGUCCAAUGGUGCCUUCGUCCUACUUAGAUGGAAGGAUUGUAGGUGACAAAGGGUAUGGUGCAAGUUUAUGGAAACCACUUGAGCAUCAAUGCACCAAAUGGCUUGAAACCAAGCCCCAAAACUCAGUUGUUUAUGUCUCUUUUGGGAGCAUGGUGUCACUAUCCCAAGAAGAAAUGGAAGAAAUAUCAUGGGGUUUACAACAAAGCGGGUUCAAUUUUCUUUGGGUUGUCAAAGAUUCGGAGACACAUAAAUUGCCCAAAGGGUUUCUUGAAUUAACCACAAAAAAUCAAGAAAAGGGUUUGAUUGUAAAUUGGUGCAACCAACUUGAGUUGUUGGCUCACGAUUCAGUAGGUUGUUUUGUGACACACUGUGGGUGGAACUCAACGUUGGAAGGGUUGAGCCUUGGAGUCCCGAUGAUCGGGGUCCCAAAAUGGGCUGACCAAUUAACCGGUGCCAAGUUUAUAAAGGAUGUAUGGUGUGUGGGUGUGAGGGUCAAGGUGGAUGCUGAAUUUGGGAUUGUCGGAAGGGAAGAACUUGUUUCGUGUUUGAAUGAGGUUAUGAAUGUAGGGGAAAAGAGUUUACAGGUCAAGAAAAAUGCAAAGAAAUGGAGAGAAUUAGCUAAAGAGGCAAUAAGUGAAGGAGGGAGCUCGGAUAAAGCCAUUGAUGAGAUAUUGAUGGCAUUGAAGGGAUUUUGCAAAAAAAGAGACUUGUGUUAA